AUGAUCUCUUUGACUGUUUCAACCUUUGACCAUGCUGCUGAUGUCAGCGACUAUGAUGAGAAUGCCAUUCCAAAUGAUGAACAACUGGCAUCGUCAACUAGGGCUGCUUUGAAAGAGAGCAUCAUUCAAGUUUCUUUUGCCGAACAAACCGCAUCCGAAAUGAGGCAAAUCUUGAGUGAUUGGAAUUCGGCAGCGAUCAUCAUUCCAGACAAACGUCAUCGACAACCCAUGCGUCGAAACUCGCUUGUGCUGAUGGACGUAGCGGAAGAAGGGCACAAGGGAAGAAGACUCUCCGUUCCUUCACCGAUGAAGGGGAAGACUGACGUUCCGUCUCCCACGUAUACCCUACAAACAGAGCUGAUGGACAGUGAAUCUGAGAUGACUGAGGAAUCGUACUUGAACGAAUCCAUACGAGUCGAUGACUCAUUUGUUUGCGAUGAAGAUGAUUCGCCCCAAAUAUCCUUUCUCCCGAGUUCGGAUGUGUUGCAACAGAGCGCAGCAGUCGUGUCCAUAGUUCGAAACACUAAGAGGCAAAUCUCGGAAGUGGACCGAACAAUGCAUGCAACAAGAUACGAUCCAGUUAUGGUUGAAUUGCAAAGCAGCCAUUUAUUGCUGAAAAUCAACGAUGAUUUCAGCAAACAAGAUAAAGUUUCGCAGCAUCAUUAUCAGGCACGGGAGAGCCUACCGUCACCCACAAACCAAACGGCAAUCGAGAAUCAAAGAGCUGGAACAAAAAAGGAGAAACGCCGAAGAAGACAACAUCUUUUGACCUACGUUGUCAUCCCAAUUGCACUCUCAGUUGUGGCCGCCAAGCUAUUGAUGGCAUAUUCUGAAGCCGAGGAGGAAGGUCAAUGA